GAAAGAAAUGGAGUGGAAAUCCCCUGCAGGCUGUUGAAGCUGUCAACAAAUACCGUAUAUACUCGCGGUCUAGGUUUAUUAAGAAGAACCAACCAUGUCAUUCCAAACCCAGAACACACAACCGUCAACCUUCUUUUCAAGCCCUGACACCUUCAAUGAGUCUCCAGUAGAAGACGUUUUCGAUUAUGGACUCGCACUCCAUGGAAUUUUCCUCUCAAAAAAUCCAGGAGAGCUGCAAAAGAAGAGAUCAAAAAUUAUAGAUGCUAAUGAAACGUGCAGAUGGUCAUGCCAACGGAGACCACAGGAAAUAGAAAAAACUUUCAAUUUCCGUACCACAGAGCAAGUAUACAAAAGAAUGAUGGACACUAUGAUGACUAACUUGAAUGAAAGUGGUAUAUAUGUGGAUGAAGAGCAAGGCCAAUGUUUAAUGGCAACAGAUAUAACAGAAGAAGAUGCCAGGCCUUUCUUAUGCUUGUGGAAAAGAUAUGAGGUUCCUUUUAUGACGUGCACCUUCAGCAGGAGAGAUCUUUAUCUUUCAGAUGCUCUAAUAUGUGAUUUAAAGAAGUUGGAAUUACUUAAUACAGAAGAUGAGAGGACUGAGCAGUGUAAGGACUUACUGGAAAAGUACGGCUCUCAUAUCAGCACAAGUAACACAUUUGGAGGAAUUUAUUGGAUACGAGUAGAAAGUACAAACUUCACUGAAAAAUUCAAAGAAAUAAGAAAGCAGCUGAUAAAUGAAAUAAUUGAACUCCAACAGGAAACUCAUUCGUUCACAAACAUAUCGGAAAUGAAAGGCCUACUUAAGAGUGAGUGUGAAGGAAGUCACUUAGAAAACACAUCAAUCUCCAUUCAUACAGUUGGAGGUCCAGCUAAUUGUUGCACAUUUGAACAAUGGAGAAGAAGGCUCUUGGAAUCACAAGGUACUUGGAAAGUCAUUGACCGAGGAGCUAUCAAUCGACUAGUACCACUGUGGAAUAUUAUGAUAUUAAACCACAGAACAGAUUUUCAAAAGUGUGUUUUACUGGCAAAUAUGAUCAAAAACUAUUGGGAAAUUGAAAGUGGUUUGCAAGAUUUCAGCCAUGACCUGGAUAGCAUACUCGAGGCUGAAGAUAUCUUACAGAGUUUAUCUGAAAAAGCAGAAAUGUGGAAUCGAUCGGAGUUCCUACCCAUUAGCAAAUGCAUUGAAUACAUCACCGAAUGCACAAAAUUUUACUAUAAGACUCACAUGUACCAGAGUGCUUCAGACAAUAUGUGGGAAAAACGCUUCUUAUGUAACAGGAGCAUUCAAACACUGCUAAGCAAAUUGCCAAAGUUUCUAAAUUCACAAGACACAAAACAUCCAGUGGUCAAAUCUGUGCUUCAACAAGUGUCAUGUUUCCUUUGUGAAAGCUGUGAAGUGGAGGAUCCCCUGUGUGACCAAGAUGUGGUUUCCAUCAUCAAGAUGGAUGAACAGAUAUUAAGUAUUGAAAGUGUAAAAGAACAAUUUUCACAAAUGGAAAUUUAUGCAAAUCUUGAGGACCCCCUAAUUAAAGCAACCCAAGAAAUGAUUUGGUACAGACUGUACUGUAUACUCUUGAAACUCAAAGAAAUUGUAGUAAAUGCAGGAGAGCAAUACCACCAGUGCCUGGUCACUGUCUUAUUUUAUUCCUACAUUAAAAAAAGUGAAGCUUUGCAAAGAAUUAUUGACUGGAAAGAACUUGCAGACAGAGUUAACGAAUUAGAAGAACACAUUAAUGAUUUGAAGAACAUGGACAAGGAAGAAGGCCAGGCUAGAGUGUUUUUAAUGGCACUUAAAGAGGAAGAAGAUUCGUUGAAUUCUAAAAGUGAACACACCAUAACACUUACAGAACUUAUUUUGGAUGAAAUGGGAUCAGAUUUAUGCCCAACACUUCAAAGCAUUCUGAAAGAGUGUGGCCAAACAGGGCUAAACCUGCACCAUAUGAGAGAUAAGCUAAAUUUGUUCAUAAAGAAAUGUAUGAAAGAUAAAGCAAUGCGGCAGAAGAAGGUAGUUGAAGUGAAGCUACUGAUAAGCAAGAGUCCCAACUCCACAGUGCCACCAAAACAAUUAGAGAGGUACCCAUCAAACACAAAUGAAGUAAUUCAGUUGCUUGAUCUUGAAAAAUUCUGCAAGGAGAAACUCACUGUAAAUCAAACUAAGAAAGUCCACUCUGUAAAAUUAAAAUUAUUAUCAAGCAAUCCUCCAGAACUUGCUGAAGUCCCCUGGUACUUCAUUAGAAGGCUGAUGAUGUUGCAUUCAAACACCAUGAAGCUGAAGUGCCUGAAACCACAAAAACAGCCAGAGGAAAUAGAAGAGGGUCCAGCAGCAGAAGAUGAGGGUGAUGGCUGGUUUGGUGACACAAAUGGCAACGAGCACAACGUGAAUCCCCUUGAUGUCGUCGUGGCCGUAUUUUUGUGCUCAGACCACUUUGUUCAACAGGAACUUGUGAUGAAAAUGUCACUCUGCCAGUUCGCAAUUCCAUUGCUGUUGCCAGCCUCGGAUGGAACUUACACCUUCCUCCUCUGGGCUGCGAGUGCCGUUCAGAAGAAAUGGCAAACCGAGUCCACAGACCAUGAAAGUUGUGUUAUUUAUAAAAGACUUGCUGCACAUCCAAUGGCUCAGGCCACAUUCAUCCGACUGGGAGAUCUUCAGUGCUCCAAAUCAGCCUUUGUUAAUGGACUCCUUGGUGACUCUCAAUUCCAACACAAUUUUUUCAUGCACUCGCACCUGGAAUGCGGAGAUGUUCCACGGAAAAUUUCCAACGGCCUCAUUGAGCUUGCAUGGUACUUGCCACACGGAAUGGAAAAUCCUGAUAUUUUCUGUGAACCAUGUUGUAUUUUAAAUCUGCGGGGAGAUGCAAAGUUGUUCCCCAAACAAGUUGGAUUUCUUACUGAGGUUUCCUCAGUAAUUUGUCUUUUUGUAGACAACAUUGGGGAUGAGGAGGAGAGACUGAUUUGCUCUUUUUGGAAAUCAAGAGCAAAGGUGUUCUUACUGGUAAAUCCAACAAGGAAAAAUCUGAAGGCAAAUGACAAAAGACUGAACAUCUUGAAAUCCAUUGUGGAUAUUACAAAAGAGCAGGUUUUGAUUCGCACAAAGAAAAAUGACAAUGAAUUUAUAUCAGUUGUCCGUUCAGCAAUAUCCAAAGUCCUGACUUCAAAACCAAAGACUAUGUCUUUGGAAAGUAUGGCCGAUCAUGCCAGAAGGUGUGGAUUUAAUAUUGAUGAAGACUAUGCACCAUGCCAGGCUGGAAAACGAAAUGCAAAUAGUGUCCUUGAAAACCUAAAGAAGAAAAACUUUCGUCAGUUUAAACAGAAACUGGGCAUCCCCUGUUCAACUGGAAAUGGCAAAUCAGAAGACGCCGCUGACAAACAUUGCCAGGAGAGUAUAUCUGAAUUUAAAAACAAGACAUUUCCAUUCCAAGGUGAAUCUUGGCGUGAGUACUCCAAAACAGACAAAGAGAGCCUGCGGUUAAUGAAUAUCUACUUAACAACGCCUUAUGAAUACGCAAAGGAGUUAAAUCAGAAAAAGAAGAAAAUACGACAGAAGCAAUUACAAAAUGACAUUUCAAGCUCUGUCAAAAGAUUUGUUGAAACGCUACAGUCGAGUACCAGAGAAGAAAGGCUCUUCUUUUUGCACUGGCUGAGGCUGAGUUUGGAUUCUGUUUCUAUGGAGGUGUUACCUGAAAUACAAAGAGAGCUCACAAAAUGUGAUGAUAUAAAGAAAAAGAAGGCACUGCUAGACCAACUUUCGGGGAGUUCAGUUGGGCUGGAGCACUUUCUGCGUGAAAUCGGGCAAAUUUAUGAGGCUUUCCUUGCAUGUGACACCAAGCUGAAAUCAGACUUGUCCAGUUUACCCAGUGUGGCUGCGGAGAUUCUGCUGGAUGGUUUCCCAUUUGAGCUCAUUGAUGGGAAUGUCUCCAAUAUUCCACUGAGGUGGGUGUCAGACAUUUUAGAAGAAGUUCAGAACAAAACUCACCCAGACACUCGCAUAUAUGUGCUGUCAGUACUGGGGGUGCAAAGCUCAGGGAAAUCCACCCUCCUCAACACCCUGUUUGGGCUUCAGUUCGCAGUCGGCGCUGGAAGGUGCACACGGGGGGCCUUCAUGCAGCUCAUUCACUUGGAUGAUGACGUUAAAAAAGACCUGGGAUGUGAUUACAUUUUGGUGAUUGACACAGAAGGGCUGAGAGCCCCAGAGUUACUGAGCUUAACAAACAGCUAUGAGCAGGACAACGAGAUGGCGACACUCAUCACUGGGUUAAGUGACAUCAUAUUAGUGACCCUGACCUCUGAGAACAUUACGGAGAUGCAGGACAUUCUGCAGAUAGUCGUCCAUGCAAUGAUAAGAAUGAGGGAAACUGGCAAGAAACCCAACAUUUAUUUUAUUCAUCAGAAUGUCUCCGACAUCUCUGCAAGUGUCCUCAACAUGUCUGGCAAUAGAAAGCUUCUGGAGCAACUUGACAUUGUCACAAGGGCCGCCGCAAAACAGGAAAAUAAAGAAAAAACCUACUCCAGAUUUAGUGACGUGAUUCAGUACGAUCCAAGUAAAAUAAGUAUAUACAUACCUGGACUAUGGCAUGGCGUCCCACCGAUGGUGGCUGUCAGUAAUGGCUACAGUGAGAAAGUCUAUGAGUUGAAAACUGAACUUCUAGAGUGUAUGAAGAAGAUGAAAAGAGAAUUGUGCAGUUCAAUAAAUAUAAUAAGCUACAUCAAGUUAUUAGAGGAGAUCUCCAACGCUGUGAAGUCUGAAGACUUCAUAUUCAGCUUUCAGAACAGCCUGGCUGCAGAUGCAUUCGCUAAACUCUCCUGCCAAUGCAAUGACUGGAAGUGGGAAAUCCAGAAGAUCUUCAUGGAGUGGAGAGAAGGAGCAGAAAUCAAAAUUAAAAACUGUGAAGAGCUGGACUCCCUGGGGCUGGUUUUACCAGAGGAGGCUGAAAAAAUAGCAAAUGAGAAGGAGGAAGAGUACCUUAAAAAACUGAAGGAAUAUUACAAAAAUGAUUUAGAAAAUAAACAGCACAUAGAAAAAGACAAACAAUACUUUGAGGCAAUCAUCAUGAAAACCUGUCAGCUGUUCAAGAACAGUGCAGUCAUGGGGUGCAGAAACUUAAUCAAAGUCUGCAAAAGCUUCAAUGAGUUAAUGAAAAGUCACAGAGAAAAGAUCAAGGUCAGGGUUGACAAUCUUGUAAAAGAAUACAAAGGGAAAAGCAAACUUUCUGAUGAUGAACUUCGUGAAGAUUUCACGAAAAUGUGGAAGGAAACAUUGGAUUUAUUUGAGAGGCCAGUGAGUGAGGUGGACAUCGUGCAUGACAUGGAGGAGAGUCUCCUGCAGUCGGACACCACUAAAAGUAAAAAGGUCAAAGAAAAACUGAGGCACAGACCACUUCGUGAGUGGGGAAGCAAAGUUUUUACAGGUGAUACGAAACCUUUAAAAGAUGAAAAUGAAUCUAGACAUCACUGGACUGGACUUAAACCAAAAAAAGGAAUAGCUAGAAUGGCGGAAGACCUCAAAGAAUACACCAAGUCAAUAUUUAAAAGAGGGGCUCAAGAAAAUGAAGAUCAAAGGACAACACACAUGGUAAUGAAGGAAGGUGUCAAGUAUAUUAAUAUGUUGGUGAACAAAUAUGAAGAUUACGAUCCAAGCUUUUGCAUGGGAGUAAUCAAAGAAAUAGAAAGACAGAUAAAGACACUGGGGGAUGAGAAAAGGGAGAUUAUUGAUCAUCUGCAAGUGGACAUCAAACUUCAUGUCUGCGGGACAGCAGUCCAAACAUUCCAGGAAAUGCAUAACCGAUUUAUCAGGAAGAAUGAUCCACUGGCUAAACUAGAAGAGAGGAAACAUGCUUACUGGGAGAUGUUCAGUGACCUGUACCAUGAAAGAGAUGGGAGCCAAAGGGCAGCAAAGAGGUUUUGUGACUCGUGUUUAAAAGUGUCACUCAUUAAAAGAAUUGAGAGUCAAUUAUCACAGAGAAUCGUCAGUGACAUGAGAGAGACGUGGGCCCCUGUGAAGCUUAAAAGCAUCCCCAACUUCCAGUUAGCUCUGCUCAUCAAUUUACACGAGUCGGGGAGCUUUGAAGACUACAAGGAGUACAUCACAGAUUAUGAUGGCUAUGCACAGAGAUGGCUCUCCAGAGAGGUUUUGGAAUAUUGCAAAGAUGAGAAGGCCGGAAAAAUUAAAUUACAUUCAUUGGCAGAGGAAAUCACACGCAAUAUGUUAGGAAAAGUGAAGGACGCUUUAGAAGAAGUAAAUAACAGUAAAAGAAAAUCAUCUGAAGAUUAUUUAAAGCAACUUAAAGGAGCAUUUGAAAAGAGGCAGGUUUGGAUUGAAAAUCAAGAUGAGAUUACGAUUGGAAAUGUUGAGAAGUUUGAAAUGGAACUCUCAGAAGCAAUUAAGGGAUUAGAAAUGGAGCUAAAAAAUCAAAUAAGUGUUCCUGAUAUUGAAUGUAUAUUGGACAACCUCAGCAGUCCACCUCAUGAGCAGCUGUUUGAAUUGCUAAAAGGCUGUGGAGAGAAAUGUCCAUGUUGUGGGACUCCUUGUGAGCUCGACGGGGAAAAUCACCAGCACUACUCAAGACACCACAGGGCAUUCGGUGUCAGUAAUGCUUCACCAAAUCAGCUGCCAUUUAAAACAAUAUUUAGUGGUAUUUUUUGGUUUUUGCAGCGGGUUGUUGACAGAAGAGCAAUGAACUGCAUGUCCUGUAAUUUACAUCUGAGAGGACACAAUGCAGAACAAAACAACUGGGGUGAACUCUACAAAGAUUUUACUUCACUUUACUGGCAGUUUGUGCUCAUGAAGUAUAAUCGACAAUUUGCAGAUUUUUACAAGACCAAACCUGUCCGACUCAGACAUAACUUACGUUGGGCUGAUGUAGAGAAUGACCUUGAAAAUAAUUACAGAAUCAAACUUGAAGAUCUGAGAGAGAAAAUGAAGAACAAAAUGGAAAUAAUGAAUUAAGUACAGGAAUCAAUCAUUCAUCAUUGCAGUAAUCCCAGUUAAAAAGCACAGCAGAACAUUAGAAUAAUUUGGACAGUCAGUCCAACAGGUCUUGCUAAUCCUAUUUGCCUAAUUUUUUCAAAAUAACAUUUAAUUAAGUUUUGAAAAUGUUUAAAGUUCUGUUCUUUACCACACUACACAAUCACUUGUUCCAUUUGUCUGUGGUUUCCUGUGUGAAGAAAAACUUUUGCAGCUCUGAACAAAUACUCAAUUCUAACCAAUAACCAAUAAAAAAAAUUUCAAAACAUUGAAAUCAACAAAAUAUGUUUUAAUAUUUAAAUGGAAACAUGUAAAAAUAAAAUGUCCAUGUAGCUAUUGCUUUCUUAAGCGCAACAAGUUAAGAUUGGCACAGACAUUAUGGCACUUGUUUGCCCGGCUUACUGUACAUCAUGAAGAUGAGAGAGCAGCUUUUUGCUUCACAAUGCAGUAACGAGACUGAGCAACGAUCGUCCCAAAAACACACACAUCACGAGUAAGCAGAGGGCAGCACAUCCUAUAGUCAGCGUGCAGUACGGUAUAAUAUUGUGGACUUGCUUUAUUUUUGUUAUACUCACUUUAGAAGAUUAUUAUGAUUUUGGGCAUGUUGUUUAGUCAGUAUGUACUAUCAUUUUUUAUUUAUAACCUCUGCCUUUAUCCUGGCUAUUAAUCUAUAAAGCGUUUUAACAUUUAUGCAGCUCAAAAUAACUGACAUAAUCAUGAUAGAUCUACUGUGAACAAAAGCAGGGACUAGGAUGCCAUGAACACAACCUAAAAAAAGCUUUGGAAACCCAAGUAACAAACAAAAGAAAUUCAUUAAUUCAUCUGUUUGGAGAGAAUAUGUAAUAUAACAGUAGAAUUAAUUAGACAUCUUAUUGCAUCUACAAUGAUUGAAAAGUCUAUGAAUAAAUGAAAAUGUAAGACCAUGAUGACUCAGUGUUAAUGUUCUUUGUCAAGAU